CCCCGUGCGCGCUCCCGGCCCGCCCGGCCUGCGUGGCAGCCGCCGGGGCUCGCGCCCGAGCGGUGGCGGGCAGCGCGUGCGCGGGCGGCGAGCGCGCGCGGCGAAGUUGUGUGCGGGACGCGGCGUCGCUCGCUCGUUCGCUGCGGGGCUGCGGCCGCCUGAACCCCCCCGGGACGGGCACCGGCGCUUCUCCGCCGCCUCGCCGGCCGCAGCAGACGCGUGAGGCAGAGUCUGGUAUGAUACCAUGGAAGGGCAGCACAACCACCCGCAUCAUCUAGGGGACCAGAACAACCCUCUUUGCAAGCUGCCGGGGCAGGAAUAUCAGCAUGAUCCUCAGAGACAUUUAACAUCGUACCCAUAUCGCUGCACACUGGCAGAUUUUCAGAUAGAGAAAAAGAUCGGCCGAGGACAAUUCAGUGAAGUUUACAAAGCGACUUGUCUUCUGGACAGAAAACCUGUUGCAUUAAAGAAAGUUCAGAUUUUUGAAAUGAUGGAUGCCAAGGCGAGGCAAGAUUGCAUCAAAGAAAUUGACCUCCUCAAGCAACUGAACCACCCCAAUAUUAUUAAGUAUUUGGAUUCUUUUAUUGAAGACAAUGAGCUGAACAUUGUCCUGGAGCUGGCGGACGCUGGGGAUCUCUCUCAGAUGAUUAAGUAUUUUAAAAAGCAGAAACGGUUAAUCCCGGAAAGGACGGUGUGGAAAUAUUUUGUGCAGCUAUGCAGUGCAGUCGAACACAUGCACUCCCGCAGGGUGAUGCACAGAGACAUAAAACCAGCCAACGUGUUUAUAACAGCCACAGGGGUGGUGAAGCUGGGAGAUCUUGGAUUAGGCCGGUUUUUUAGUUCUAAAACCACUGCAGCACAUUCCUUAGUGGGAACUCCAUACUAUAUGUCCCCAGAAAGAAUACAUGAAAACGGCUAUAACUUUAAAUCCGAUAUCUGGUCUUUGGGCUGUUUAUUGUAUGAGAUGGCAGCUCUCCAGAGUCCUUUCUAUGGAGAUAAGAUGAACCUGUUUUCUCUGUGCCAGAAAAUAGAGCAAUGUGACUACCCGCCUCUUCCAGCCGAACAUUAUUCUGAGAAGCUGCGGGAGCUGGUCAGCAUGUGCAUAUACCCCGAUCCGGAUCAGAGACCUGACAUUGGUUACGUGCACCAAAUAGCAAAACAAAUGCAUGUGUGGACCUCCAGCACAUGAAGCGGCCGCGCUCCACAAGCCAGCACAGCUUAGUCUUACUUGAAUUUUUUUCUCAGAUGAAACCGACUGGUGCCUGGUCACUCAAGUGAGGGUUGAGCACUCGUAGCAGAUGCUCCACUACUCUGCAGGUUAUUUGACAGGACUCUGACACGGUGGUCGUGCUUUAAAGUGAAGAUUCUGUGAGGUAUUGCAAGUGAUUGAUUUUUUUGUUUUUUUUAAGGCCAAUAACAUGUUACAGAUGUAGAUCAUUUAAUGGUCCUUUCUUAAAACUGUCGUGUGUAAUCUAGGCUAGAUGAUAUUAACAAGGUGUCAGCAUUUGACACACCCCUUCUAUCUUAACUGUAAUGUGAACUAUUGAAAUAAUUCCUUCAGUGAAAUCACUUUAUACUAAUGUAAGAAUUACAGUAGAUUUUGUGUAAUUUGUAUAACUGCUACUUUGCCUCUUCUGCAAAUGGUUAAUAGCAAAUUCAGUUUUUACUUGGUGUAUUUUAAACCAGCCAUUAUGUGUUUGUAUUGAUUCCCGUCUCUUCAGACGCAGGAUCUGGGAAGGUUGGGGGGGAAACACAUUUGUUUCAAGAUAUUUUUUUUUAAUUGAAAAUGUAGAGUAUUUUGCUGGUGCAUUUAUCUGUUAACUUGGCUACAGCCAGUGAGAGAAGUUAAGCCUGUACCUGGGGAAAAGGAACACCACGCCAAACCAACCCAGAGCAAGUGCUGCUUCUGCAAGUAAUUUCUCUUUAAACUCAUUUCCCAUUUGGCUUGGGUCUUUCAGACUUGUUCUUGUGACAAACCAGGGCUUAGCUAAGCCAACUCGACCUUGGUGGAGAUCCUUCACAGGUUCUGGAGUACAAUGAACUGUAGGUAAAACGGUGUUUUAAACACUUGGAAACAUUUAGAAAAGAAAGAAGUGAAAUGCUUUGUGUAUCUGAUUCUCCGUAAGGCUCAGCCCCGUCUGUUUAACUGUGAAAGCUGAUUUACAGAAUGUGAAUUUUUAUAAAAUCUCAACCUGAUUUGAAGGAGUCAUCUUCUUUACAUGGAAAUUUUCAACCAACUAAAUUCAUUCAUUGAAUCAA